GAGGUUAUCUAGUUCAAAAUUAAAAAGUCAAAGUUUAUUUUAAUGUCUAAUUGAUGAAAUACGUGCAAAUUUAAAUAAAUUGCUUAAAGAUAUUAAAUAAAAUGUCCUUCUUCAGGGCUGGAUUGCAGAAGCUUGCAAGCGUCUUUCGUAGUAGUAACCAAUGUGGAAUUCUUUCAAAAUCUAUAACAAAUAAUGCUCCUGUGGCUACUCAAUAUGUUUCGAAUACCGCCUCAGAUAUCAUAACAUCUUGUAACAAAUUAAUAGAAGAAAGAUCAUCUCGCAACUUUGCUAUUGUCCAUUUGCUUGGUAAACAAUGGAGAGUCACAGAUGGAGACUUGCUAGUUGUUGAAGGUUACUGGCCACCAAAUAUUGGUGACAAAAUAACACUAGAUAAGGUUUUACUUGCUGCAACAAAAGACUUAUCCCUCAUAGGAAGGCCAAUUGUUCAACCCGGUUUAGUCACAGUCACAGCAACUAUAAUAUCUAAAGGUUUAUCACAUACUAGAACACACUUUAAAAAGAAGAGAAGGAAGCAAUUUAUGAGGAUAAAUUUUCAAAGAGCACAACAGACAAUAUUAAGAAUCAAUUCUGUUGUUAUUAACAAUAAAAUCAAUGAACCUGCAAAUAAUGUAUUCUAAAUUAGACUAAAAUAAUGAGAAACUAAUAAAAUAUAAU